GCAUCACGUGGGUGACGCAGCAGAAUAGAGCAGAGUGAAGCGCGCGUUGGUCAGCGGAGAUAAAGAAAAGUUGAUCAACAUGGUGAAAGGAGACGUUAAUAAACCCAAAGGAAAGACAUCUGCGUACGCUUACUUCGUCCAGACCUGUCGUGAUGAACACAAGCGUAAAAGUCCAGAAGUUCCCAUCAACUUCUCCGAGUUCUCCAAGAAAUGCUCCGAGAGAUGGAAGACUCUGACCGCUUCAGACAAGAUCAGGUUUGAAGACAUGGCCAAAUCAGAUAAAGUUCGUUACGACAAGGAGAUGAAGACUUACGUGCCGCCCAAAGGUGUCGGUAAGACCGGAAGAAAGAAGAAAGACCCCAAUGCUCCGAAACGACCCCCAUCUGCGUUCUUCGUCUUUUGCGCCGAGUAUCGACCAUCGGUGAAGAGCGAGCACCCCAAUCUGUCCAUCGGAGAGACCGCGAAGAAGUUGGGGGAGUUGUGGUCCAAGCAGAGCAGCAAAGACCGCAUACCGUUCGAACAGAAGGCCAUGAAACUGCGCGAGAAAUAUGAGAAGGACGUUGCAGCGUAUCGCGCAGGGGGCGGAGCUGCGGCAAAGAGGGGGCCGGGUCGACCCACUGUCUCCGCUAAAAAAGCCCAGGUAGAAGAUGAUGAUGAUGAUGAUGACGACGACGAUGACAUGGAGGAUGAAGAGGAAGACGAGGAGGAAGAUGACGAGGAUGACGAGUAGAGUUUGUGUUUGAAGCAUCACUGGUGUAGGGGUCGGGGGUCGUUAGUUUUAUUCUGUUUGUUUUUCCAUGUACAUGUUUUACACCGAACGUCUCCAGCAAUAAUGAAAAUGUAAAAUGGUUCAUUAGAUUGCUUUUAUUUUUGUUAACGUCCAGAAGUUUGAUCCAACAUUGUGUAGAGAACUUUUUUUCUUUUUUUUUUUUUAAUAAAACUUUUAAGAUUUUUGAAAUAAUUGUUGGUUCCUUCAUGUUGCUUCUUAACCCUCCAAUUGUCUUUUAGGGUCAUGUUUGACCCGGGACAGGUAAAGAAUGAAUCAAAAAUAGCUUUUGGUAGCGAAACCAAACAUUGUGACUUAGUCACCAUCAAAACAAAGUAAAAUAUUUUGAUAUAUAACCGUUCCAGCUAAAGCAGAAUUUAAAAAUGGCUCAAUCCAUCAUCUUCAACAGUUGAGCUUGGAUUGGCCAGUGAGGGGAAACUAUAUUUUUAGCAAAAUAUUAAAAACUACAGUCUUGAGCAACACAAAAUGAGUGUCGUUUGAAAGCUUAGAAGAUGUAAAUAUUAUGACCAAAAAUGUUCUUUUGAAAUUUGUAGACAAAUCAGAAGUGUUACAUUUUGAUAAUUUAGGGGGGAAAUUUGAUAUUACUGCAAUCAAUAAAAACA